CCACCAGCGCCAUUGUCUGCCCCACUGUCCCAGCCAUGGCAGGGAGUUCUAACGUGCCCCACAAGACCUCGCUUCCUGAGGGCAUCCGAGUGGGAACUGUUAUGAGGAUCCGUGGUGUCAUCCCAGAAAAGGCUGGCAGGUUCUAUGUGAACCUGCUGUGCAGCGAGGCCCCAGGGAGUGAGGCCGCCCUCCAUUUCAAUCCCCGCCUGGAUCAAUCCACGGUGGUCUUCAACACCCUGGAGCAGGGCACCUGGGGCCAAGAGGAGCGCGGCUCAGGCAUUCCCUUCCAGCACGGGCAGCCUUUCGAAGUGUUCCUUAUUGCCACGGAAGAAGGCUUCAAGGCGGUGGUUGGCGACUCGGAGUACCACCACUUCCGCUACCGGAUCCCGCCGGCGCGCGUGCGCCUCUUGGAGGUGGGCGGGGACCUGCAGCUGGAUUGCGUGAAGAUCUUCUGAGACCCCCCACCCCGAGGGGCUGGGGGCGCUGGGGUUCGGGAAUGGCAAAUAAAGUUUCAGCCCACGUCGGUGCGCCUGCUCCGUGUCUGUGUCUCCUGCGUCCAGACGCGGAAAGCAGGUUCAGAGAGGGGAAGACUCCCAAGGGUCCCACAGAGAUUCCGCGCCGAGGCGGGGUGCGGGACCCGCUGUGGGGGGCCGGUGUGUGGCUGGUCGGGCUCUGGAGGGUCGCGAUCGGGUGGGGCUGUGUCUGGGGUCGUCUUCCAGCCGCGCUGGGCAGAGCAGCCCAGGGCAGU